UCCUGGACCUGCUCGGCUUCACGGUGGUGCUGGCUCUGUUUCCUGCUCUCCUCGACUAUUAUUCCAAGCACGACUCCAGCGGCUUGUAUUCCUCUCUGCUCUCCUGUGUCACGUAUUACCAGCACAUCAUCGGCGUCCCUGCGAGGUUCCACUCUGUCUUGUUUGGUGAAAUUGAAUUGGGAUGACCUUGCUCAAAAGAAAGUACCUGCUCCCUUUGUACCAAGAAUCAGUACUGAGUUAGAUGUUAGUAAUUUUUCUGAAGAGUUCACUGCAAUGAUACCACAGGAUUCUCCAGCAAUCGUUCCUCCAGAUGUUGAGAAAAUGUUCAAUGGCUACUCCUACGUUGCUCCAUCAAUUCUCUUCACUGACAGUGUCAUCAGCGACAGCAGCAGCCUUUUCAAGAUGUCACCAGACAGAAGACCUUCCACAACCAACCUAUUAUUGGCUUGUAGCUUUAAGGCACACACCUACAUUGUGAUGGAGCUCCUUGGAGGUGGAGAGCUGGCUGCUUCAGAGGAUCAGGAAACACGAGAGGUUCACAGAGGCUCGCCUCGGGCUUCGGUCGUCGUGAGGAACCUGGUGUCAGCAGUUCACUACGUGCACAGGAAAGGCAUCAGUGUUCACGGAGACCUAAAGCCAGACAGGGGUGAAGAGUUAGGAGAGGGAGAAGAAAUAUGUUGGGAAUUAAUGGAAUGGGAGGGAAUAAAAAUAGAAAAGUGGUUGGUGUUGAGGAUAGACAGAAAAGAAAAGAAAGGAAAGGUGAAAAAAAGGAAGUUUUUUUGCAUUGAUUUUCCAUCUGCUUAUUUUAAAGAAUUUAUUGCAUGGAAUAUUAUUGAUCUCCAUCAUUUGUAUGGCCUUUAUAAUAAAAAGUAUGAAUUUAUUCCAUUCAGAUAUUAUCCUUCUCCGAGGCCAUUCUAAUCUAAACAUCUUUUC